AUGGCCGCGGAGGCCGCUGUCUCUAUUGGAAUUGCGAGCAGUUGUGUCGAAUUCUUCAAUUUUGCUAUCAGACUUCACAAAGUCGUGGGCGACCUUCGCCGAGCCCAUGGCCAACUACCCAAAGAUGUUGCAGACGUUCAUCUGUCCGUCACCGCGUUUGAGAGAUUGGUCAGUCGUUUGCAGAGGACUAUUCAAGCCCCAGGGUGCCAUGGGCCUCUCCAAGAGCACGAGUCGGAUUUGAUCAACGUUAUCGAUCGGUGCCGGCACGCAGGCGAAGAACUCUUGAGAAUAUUGGAGAGGCUCAAGAGUAAAAGCUCGUCUUCUAAAAUGUCUCUAGCAGAGAUUCGAACAGGACUGCGCGUGCUCCGGAGAGAGGGAUCCAUCAAAAAGCUUGAAGAUGUUCUGAACUCCUGCAAAUCUGAUCUGACGUUGCUCAUGUUGGAGUACCUUGUGCAAAAAGUCGAAAAUGCAAGGAUUGUGCCUGUAAGAGAUCUGACCAUGCAUUCGAGCAGUCAGGGUGAUCAAGCACAAGGCGACGUCCGAACCUUGCAACUGCAACAAGACACCCUGUUGCGCAACCUACAGAUUCAACUCCAACAUAAUCAGCAGAUGAGCGGAAAUACCGCAGUUGUGCUGGAACAAAUAUUGAAUAGAGUCGACAGGCCUGUACUUGAUCCAAGAUUCGUUUACAUUGCAAUUCCGAGGCCCUCCUUUAGCCCAGUCUUGCACUGGCAGCAAUCGGCUGCACAUUUCGCUCACAACAUUUCAAUCUGCCUGAACAUGAGUCGGCUUGGUUACACCACCCAGGAAAUCUACAAAGCCUUCCAGCAAUCAAGUGGUCUGAUGCAGCCGCAAUGGGAGAUUCUGUCGCCUGGAGAUAUCGUUGGCUUACGUCGGGCUUCUGAGACUACCGGACAACAUCGGAAGCUCCUACUUCCGUUCACUGUUGAGAAUAAUGGUCUGGUGAACUAUCUUGCAAUGUCUAGUUGUACGCCUCAGUUUGAAGACGACAUGUUCGCCAUGUUCACAGCAGCUUUCAACCAUGCCAUCGGUUGGAGAUCCUGGCUUCACUGGCGGACGGUUCGCAAGAUAAAAUUCGUGUCGUCUCGAAAAUUGAAGGACCUGACCUCUACUUGUCUCGACGACGAGCAGUCCCAAAUACAUUUUGGGUUGAAUGAGCCCAGCGUUUUAUCCACGACAUGGAUUAUUUCAGAAGUUCCUGCCCGCGACAAGGACCUGCUCAUUGAGCAUUGUCCACUUAAUCCUCCAAAUCUCCGGAAAUUCAUCAGUCAGGCACUGGUCGAACCCUACAGCAUUGCUUCUCAUGAUGCCGAAACACUGGGCGAAGAGAAAGUUGCACCUGCGGCUCAUGAUGGCGGCGCAGCACAAUGGCAAAUCCAGCUUGAAGGUGGUUUUGACUGGAACUCUUUACUCGAAGUCGGAGUUGCUCCCCUCAGCAUCAUUUGUUCCAUAUUGCACUAUUUCCCUCGUUCAAUACCUGGGCAGGCCUCGUCAGCAGUAGAUCUUGACAACGUGGCAGGCCUCGCCGUUUCGGCAAUAACAUUUGGGCUCAUCAUCACAGCCGUCACACUUUGGGCUCUGGUGUUGAUGAUUACUAGGACUUCCACGCCAAAUCCCCCCGAAUCCUUAUCCCAGUCCCGACCCGGACUGGCUGUGAACCCAUUUUAUGCAUGGCGGAAAGUCUUGACUUCGUUGGUCUUGUGCACCAUUACAUCAGGCAUGCUUUAUCUGCUGCACAGAGGCAAUCGGGGUCCUUCUGCUUUCUUCGUCAUUGUUGAGCUAGGCUUUAGGGCAUACCCGACUCUUUUCAUGCUGGAAAGGUGUUAUGUUGAGUCCACGCCCUUUGUGGUCAGACCACGCCGUUACGUGAGACUAUGGUUCUGGGUCUGCGCACCAAUCUUUCUGUUCUCAUGGUUCAUAUCAACGUGCCACUUUCUAGGGACUUGGGUGCGAAUGGAUCCUCUUGCUAACUCCUCGGCUCUGUCACUUGUGGUCAUGCCCUCUGCUCCGGUCUGGCUGGGAUCGCGUAAAGCCUAA